AUGUUGACGCCCAAGAAGAACUGGAUUGCCAUCUAUGAACUCCUUUUUAAGGAAGGGGUGAUGGUUGCUAAAAAAGAUGUCCACAUGCCCAAACACCCCGAGCUGACAGACAAGAAUGUGCCUAACCUUCACGUCAUGAAGGCCAUGCAGUCUCUCAAGUCUCGGGGCUACGUGAAGGAGCAGUUUGCUUGGACACAUUUCUACUGGUACCCCACGAAUGAAGGCAUCCAUUAUCUCCGAGAUUACUUGCACCUACCUCCGGAGAUCGUGCCCGCCACCUUUAGUCUCAGCCAUUCGGAGACCGGCAGGCCUAGGCCCAAAGGUCCAGAGGGUGAGCGGCCUGCAAGAUUCACAAGAGGGAAGGCAGACAGAGACACCUACAGAAGGAGUGCUGUGCCCCCUGGAGCUGACAAGAAAGAUGAGUCUGGGGCUGGCUCAGCAAAGGAGUUCCAGUUUAGAGAGGGUGGUGGACGUGGUCAGCUACCUCAAUGA